AUGUUGGACGAACUCGAGUUGAUGAGCCAGGAACCGAAAUCAGCACCAGCUGAAGCGCCUGAGGCGCCUGAGGUCAGCGAACCCGUCGAAAAGGACCAACUCACUCUCUUGAUGGAACGGGUAUCCGAUCAUGGUGAAGAAAUCAACGAAAUGCUGGAUGAUUUGGAGGCGAUGGAGUACGAACAUGAGAAUGAGGAGGUUGCGGAAGUGCUUUCUCAGCGAGAGAAUCACACAGCCGAGUCAUUCGUACACCUGGUCAAACAACGGUUUGGGGAUAGCGUUCCUGAUGGGCUUCUAAGCGAAGAGGAACUUCAAAUAUACAUCCGGCUCUACGAUAAUCCACUCGAUCGAUUAGAUUUCGACGAAAUGGCCGAGGAAGAAGAGCCGAGCUUACUCCGCGAGGAUGGACAAGGCGGAUGGGAAGAGGUGGAAGUGAACGAGGAACCUGCCGAUCAAACUGAUACCGUCUAUGCCUACGAUAUGGAAAAUCCACCACAAGAGCCGGAGACCCUUGCGAUGCAACGGACAAGAGAAGUGACCGAGCAGCUAGGUGGCAAAGAAGCGCUCGAACAAUUCGAAGAUGAAGCAGUUCCCGGUCCUACGAUGAGGGCUGACCCAAAUACCCUCGUGGGACAAUUCGGGACAGACCCCAGCACCAUUUUCCUGCCCGAAAAGACCAUCAUCAAUCCCAUAACGAAAAUCUUGUCGGGAUAUGCCAACAAACAUCUCAACGAGGUUUCCAACCGUCUAUUCGGAGGACCGGGUCUACCCCAUUCCACCGCAACGCCACGCGGCGGCUCAGAUCUUCCACAGAAACCCAUUCAACUUGAUGCAUCACAGCGAUUCAUGGGACAAAUGGAGGCCAAUACUUAUUUGGCAGUUUUGUACCCAGGAAUCUACGCAUCUACGCUCAGUGUACUAGUCGAAACUCGAAAGCGGCUGGGUGAUGAAUGGAUCCGAGGACUGCUAUCGCAAAAGGGAGGCCCCAGUGUGCUUGAUGCCAGUGGUGGCGGUGCUGGCAUCCUGGCUUGGAAGGAUUUGGCCCGCACAGAAUGGGAGAAAAUGUACCCAAGCUCUGGAGGCAUGGCCACCCCUCCUGGCAAGUCAACUGUGAUUGUAGGCUCGGACACUCUUCGUGUUCGUGCUGCCCAGUUGCUGGAGAACACGACCUUCCUUCCUCGGCUUCCUGAUUACACAAACCUCCGGCAAAAGCCGACCAUGGAGGACUCGCGCGAGGCACCGAAGCGCAAGCAGUUCGACAUUAUCAUUGCGCCGUACAGCAUUCAAAAGUGGACAGAAAAUCAUGAGCGCAAACGGCACGUGGAGAACUUGUGGUCCUUGUUGAACCCUAACGGCGGUGUUCUCAUUCUGCUCGAGAAAGGCCGUCAAAGGGGUUUCGAGGCCAUUUCUGGUGCUCGUGAAAUGUUGCUUCAGCGCCAUAUCGCAAGCCCUGGCUCUACUGAAUUCGACAAUUUCCUCGACGACCCCGAUCAGCGCGAAAUUAUCCAGAAGGAGCCGGGAAUGAUUGUUGCUCCCUGUACCAACCACUCAACCUGCCCGAUGCACAACUUCUCAGGCACAUCCCACGGCCGCAGAGAGUACUGCAGCUUCGAGCAGCGUUACGUCCGUCCUUUCUUCCUGCAAAAUAUCUUGAAGGCCAAACACCGCAAUCACGAAGAUGUCAGAUUCAGCUACCUUUCCGUACAGCGUGGUGUAGAUCUUCGACAAGAUCGCGGUUUCAAACAAGACUCCACUACCACAGAAGCCGCAUUUGAAGGAUUCCCCACACCCGAAAACCUCAGACAGAACAAUGAACCAUCUGUCGAAACUCUCGCCCUCCCUCGAACCGUCUUCCCGCCCUUGAAGCGCGAUGGCCACGUUCUCAUCGAUGUCUGCACACCAGCUGGCAAGAUCGAGCGCUGGACUGUUUCGCGUGCCCAGGGACAACAGCAAUACCGCGAUGCCCGCAAAGCCAAGUUGGGAGACUUGUGGGCGCUUGGAGCUAGGUUCCGCAGAGUCCGCAACCUAGAGCUUGGAGGCAAGCAUUUCGAGGGCAAGAAAGAGCGUUUGGAACGUCGUGCCGCUGAACGUCAGCUUGAUGGGGAAGAGGACCCAAUCGAGGAUGACGACGAUUUCGAAGAUCCCGAUGAAGGCUACAGGGCCCGGGACAUGCCUCAAGACGUCCAGAAGAAGAAAGGACAGCGCGUUCCUACCUGGAAGAAGGCUCAUCACAAUAAGAAACUUCGACAGGCCUACAACAGGCGCGAUACAGACUAA